GUGGGGUUGACGGGGUUGUCGCUGGCGGGCAGCCAGUGCCGCAAGCAGGAAAACUUGCUGCCACUGCUAGCUCCGCGGGGGUAGUAGAGGACCAUCUAGAUGCUGACCGCAAUGCACAGGGUCGCGCUGUUUCUGCAGAGUGCACCACCUCCACCGUAGAGAAGGGAGAGGCGCAGAACGAAAUCGCGCAAAAUAGGAAGCAGCGAGAGCAUGCUCCUCUUGCAGGUACUUCUGUCCCCCCAGCGCGAGCCGCCGAUGGUGUUGCGGAGCAUAGUAGUGCCGACCACAGGAGCAUUUUGCAGGAGGAGCAAACGUCGAAAGCACUUUUUCCUGAACAAGAAAAUCAGAAAGACGAGGAAGUUGUGUCUGUUCAGGAAAAGAAGAAAAUUUCCAACUCGUACCCGUUGCCGGAGGGAAAACGGUCGAGACGGACCGCUGCUGCAGGAAGCUGGAUUUACAAAUCGACAGAGGCGGAGUUUUAUUCUGGGAUGGAUCCCGACGCGCAAAAUUUGGAGAGUCAUAAAUCGAAAAUCGUGUUUAACUGCAAGCGGGAUCCGCGGUUUGUCGGGGUCUUUGAUGUGAAACAGGCGGCGAAGAUGGUGCUGUCAAGAUGUCUGACCAUAUGUCCAACGCCUGAAUUGCAAGAAGAGAUUUUAGCCCGAGCACUGGGCGGAUAGUGCACGCGGAUGUUGAUGAUCAUUGCACAGAAUGAUUGCGCACUCUCUGGAAAAUUGUGAAAACACGUUGUGAUAAUGCUGGCAACAUGCACGUCGAUGCUCAUUGAGAUUGAAGAU